AUGGCUGCCACAACAAACGACACAACAGAAGAUCGCCGUCGUCGGGUUCUCCUGGGACCCCUACCAGCUGGUUUCCUACGAGCAGAUUCAGAUGGACCGCCUGAAUCUGUUGAUGUAGAUUACGAAGCUGCAAUGGCUCUGCAGCAACAGCUUUGUGGAGCUACAAUGCCAGCAGCCGGACCUCCUCUGACUGCUCGUCUAAGUGUAACCAUAGUACAAGCUAAGCUGGUAAAGAAUUAUGGUCUAACCCGCAUGGAUCCCUAUGUUCGUUUGCGCGUCGGCCAUUGCAUAUAUGAGACGCAGACAGACCCAAGUGGGGGUAAAACACCUAAAUGGAACAAGAUGAUACAUUGUCUGCUCCCUCCUGGCGUAAAUUCCAUUUACCUGGAAAUCUUCGAUGAGUGCUCUUUUACUAUGGACGAACUGAUUGCUUGGACUCACAUACAGAUACCUGCUGCUGUACUCAAUGGUGAAACACACGAAGAUUGGUAUCCAUUAACCGGCAAGCAAGGAGAUGGAGUGGAGGGGAUGGUCAACCUGGUUUUAAGUUACUCAGUUGGCCCAGCAGCAGUACCGACGUUCCCGCCAGUUCUGGUGGUGCCAUCCACAGGUAUGGGCUACGCUACCAUGCCAAUGUACCCAGCAGGUACUCCCCAUACGUACCCGCAACAGCAGCCGCAACAACCCCAACAACCCCAACAGCCACAACCCAUUACGGAGGAAGACCUUGCUCAGAUCUACGAAAUGUUCCCAAGCAUCGACAAGGACGUGAUAAAAUCUGUGGCUGAAGUGAACCGCGGGAACAAAGAAGCGACAAUUAACUCGUUACUUCAAAUGUCAGAAUAA